AUGGAAGUCGAUCUGGACAAGCUCCAGAAGCGAGAGCGCGCGCCGGCGAUCAGUGCCGAGGCUGACGAUUUUGACCCGGACUUCAAAGCCCCUGUGCACGAGAAGAAUCAGGACGAGGCUGAGCGCCUGCGGCGGAUUCUGAAGGGGUCGUUCUUGUUUUCAAAUCUAGACGGCGAUGAGUUGAGUACGGUUAUAACUGCGGUGUCCGGAGUCCAGUGCGAGAAGGGACAGCAACUCAUUACGCAAGGUGAAGCCGGUGAUUGCCUGUACGUGGUUGAGUCCGGCUCGCUGGACGUGUUCGUGAAGGCCAGAGGAGAGACCGAGAAGGUGAAUGUCAUGGGCCCUGGAUCCACCGUCGGCGAGCUCGCGCUUCUAUAUAUGUCGCCAAGAGCGGCAACUGUCGUAGCCCAAGAACCCUGCGUCCUGUGGAAACUCGACCGGGAAACUUUCAAUCAUAUCGUCAAAGGCGCAGCCAUGCGCAAACGACAACAGCUCAUGUCCAUUCUAAAUAAAAUACCACUACUCCGAAGUUGUGACUCUAGGCAGUUGGAACAGUUAGCGGACGCAGCAGCAACUUGUGAAUUUCCGUCUGGUGAGUACGUUAUAAAGCAAGGCGAUCCGGGAGACGCAUUUUACAUAAUUCUUAGAGGACGAGCAGAGGUGUUGAAGGACGGCGUUUGUGUCUUGCGGUACGCGGACGGAGACUACUUUGGCGAGUUGGCCUUGCUUAGCGGGGAGCCGCGAGCGGCCUCGGUCGUGACCACCGGGCCGACCAAAGUGAUCCGAUUCGACGUGGCGUCUUUUAAUCGUGUACUAGCACCGCUUCAGCAGACCCUGAUCGACCGAGCUGCCGAAUAUCAGGACGCACCCGUUGAUGAACAGGAAGACAAAAGCGAAGCACGUCCACAAGCCGCCGUUGCAACAGAUCCCGCGGCCGUCCUCAAGACCAAGAUCUCCUACCGUGAAAGCAUACUCAAGCUCAAACCGGAGUCUCUUACGUAUUUUGGCGCUGCACCCUCGAAACCAAAACCUGCUACUAAGUUGAAGCCGACCACCCGGUCGAAACGUCCCGCCAAGGCAAGGUCGGGCGUCUCCAAGACCAAGGCGACCUCGGCCAAGGCAACGCCGACCACCUCCAAGACGACGACUGCCAAGGCGAUCGUCAAGAAAAAGGCCGGGUCCGUAACCGAUGCCCUAGCGACAGCGGUUGCUGAUGUCCAUACCACAGCUGGCACCCAGAGUGACCGAACUAUUUUCAAUGCCACAAGCGCUUUCAAACAUUCUCCUAAGAAGCCGGGUUUACAUGAAGCGUGGUUACCAGAUCCCGAUCCCAUCAAGGGCCGAACCAAACGGAAAUUUGUUCCUUCUAGAGGCCCGCCGAUUGUGGACGCCCUCUCACCCGAGGAUCCUAACACGGGAGUAAACGCUGCAACGGCCCCGAGCGGCGACGCUGCUCAGCCAACUCGUCCGUCCUUAAUUGGCUCAUUGAAGAAGCUUCCAAGCCGAAAAUCUUCGAGCCAAAAGCCUUCCAGUGAAAAACCUGCGGCCCAAAAGCCCCGUAGCGACGGGCUGCGGUCCCUGGAGGGACACCAGGCUCCUGAGCCGGACUACUUGGGGGCACUUAUGCCGAAAGCCGAAAAGGCUGCAUGGAGGAAGCGCAUGAAGGAGAAUCCGCCGAAGCCCCGGGAGCCAUUCCGAAUUGAGGAAGUGGCGCACAGGCUCGUGGAGGAGGAGCGGGUGUCCGACGAGGAGCAUCGGUUCGCAGACGGCGCAUUGCGUUACGCAGCCGCCGUGAAGAAGGCACACGAACUUUUGGAGGAGUCGAGACGACCUUACUUCCCGCGGAGAAAGACGACGUCUGAGGCGGUCACGUCUGAGGCGGCGAAGGCUGUAAAGACGGCGAAGGCUGAAAUGACGGCGAAGGCUGAAAUGACGGCCAAGGCUGGGGUGACGGCCAAGGCUGAGGUGGCCAAGGCAGAGAAGACGGACAAGGUCGCAGUGGAGGGGGCGGUUGAAACGAAGCCCUCAGGGCACCUCUUAGAUCCGUCCGCGGAAGCUGGUGUUCGAACGGGGAUGGGUCCGAAGUCGAUUUUGAAGACGCCUUCACACCGGCCAGUGUUGGACCGAGCACUGUCCUUGGACGGCGCACCUUUGGCUCGCGUGCCUUUAAUUCGGGGCUCUUCGGGGGGAUUGGCUGCAGGGUCUGCAGGGCUACCUCCUGCGGUGCCGGGUGGUAGCGAGGACUCGUUGGUUCCGGCUUUGAAGUUGGGUCCGUUCAUUCCGCGGAACAGGCGACGCGUGUCUUCGGGUUCAUUUGACUCGGGUGGUUCGGUCGUCUCGGAUGCGCCGAGUGACGAGACCUCCUUGGCUUCCUUUCUGCUAACACCCAGAGAGGCGGUGGAGGCGGCGCCAAGUGUAAUGGAGAGUUCCGAAUCGGAAGCCUGGGUCCCGACGGAGUCCAAGUAUUUUCCCGACGGACCGGAGUGCGAGCUGGACGUGUCCUAUCUGCCGAAGCGAACCGCCAAGUCCAACCAGAUCUUCGGUCCCAAAGGGGUGGACCCGAAGGUGGCGCCUCCCAAGCUCCCCGAGUUUCAGCCCGUCGACCCGUUCCCGCACGUACAACGACCCCUCUUCUUCCCACUAGGAGACCGCCACAUGACCAGCUGGACUGGCGGCCCCGUCCACAAAGACGGAAUUAAGGCGGCGGCCGUCCGCAAGGGCAGCGACUACCAGAGGUAUCUCCACUACCAGGACAUGGGCAAACCCAAUGUCUUCAAAGCGAUCGACGUACAACGGUCCAGCGAAACCAAUCCUGACCAGAUGAUGGCCAUCAAACGAGCGGCCGCCACUGUCGCUGAGGCUCUACGGGAUCAAGACUCCCAUGUGCCAGUGAGUAAAACAACUAAGGAAUCGUCUAAGACGCAAGCAGCUGCUGAGGUGGAAAAAACUCAGGAAGGAGAGGCUCCUCUGGAAAUGGUUGACCGACUGAUUAACGCCAUCAGUUACUAUGUGGACCCCGAGUCGGAUCAACGGCGUUACGUGGAUAUGCUUCACUUUGUGGCGAAUCGCUUUAAACGGCGAGACCGGGGGCGUCCUCUACGGUAUCCCGAGGGGAUGCCGUUUUCCUUUUGGACACGGCUCACUACCAUCCGGGAAUUUGUGUUUGGGACCGGGCCACAGAGGACUGUGCCUCACGCGGAUCCUGAUCUGUAUUACGAGCUUUUUGCCCGGUUUCGACACCCUGCUCAUGAGAGGUACAAGAUUGUUAUGACAAGGAGUCGAUGGAUCUACCGACAAGCGGUUAAGAAACUAAACCCGAGCACAUGCAAAAACAAGCCGUACCCUUUCAGCGCAGUUGUCCGUGGUGGUCUCAAAACCGCCUUCAUACCUCGAAGACUUUGGACACCAGACGUCUUCGAUAAUGGGGUACGCAAUGAGGACAACCCACCAUUCGUUUUGAUGCCGAAAAUGACCGACGGUGAACGCCUGUGCCGGAUACGAGAGCAAGAAUUUAUGAAAAAGGUGGUGAAGGCUGUUGAAAAGAUCGUUCAGUUCAGACUGAACCGAAUACGAGUCCAGGAAAUGGCAGAAGAAUACCCAAGCCGGUGUAUUACCCGCCCGAGACUGGCUCCCAAAUCCAGACAUGCUCACCGACAAGUCAAUGAUGUCGUAGGGAAUAUUGACCCACAGGUACAACCCCAAUUUGGCCCCAUAAACCCACAUCGUCAGGUGACGUAUGGAUCUGAUGAAAAGAAGACAGUAGAGGAGCAAGAUCUACAAAGCCCCACGUCUCGUACAAGGCGUAUCAGAAUCGUCGAGCCGAAAGGCAGUCCAGAGACCGAGCUGGAGCAUGCCAGUAUGGCUCCAACCUCUGGCCCUAUACCAAUGUCUGAUAAUUUUGGCAAAGGGCAGAAAAAAGUUGGGACCAAUGAGGUCCGAGUUCUAACCGGAAGAGGCUUGCUCAAAAGAGAGACGGCCUUGGGCAGCGGACCCCUGUUCAAGGGUACGCGGCACAGGAUUCCCACAAUGAUACAUGCUUCAGAGCCGCCACCUAAACUUACAGCAGUUAAUAGUCGGACUUCAGAAGCUGUGGAUUCUAAAGUUGCGAAUUCCGGAGUUAUGGACUCGCUGUCAGAAACGGAUGGAUCAGAAGCCGAGGAUGAAGAGCCGAGUUACAGCGAGCCACGGUAUGAACCUUUGGGGGACAAGCCCGUGUAUUUCGGUGCUGUGGAGAAGCGUGAUUUGUUGGAGGCAUCUGAAAACGAGUUUUGCUUGGAUGCGACGUCUGUUCAUUCUGAGCCGGCGGAAAUGGGGCUGCAUGACCACAGUGACCUGGACGAGGACCUGAGUGCCAUGUCGGAUGGAGUGUUUGAAAGUCGGCCAUAUGAGUUUAUUCUGUUCCAACUUGAACAAGGUUGUGCCUUUCGUGCAGCUGAGAAUGUGCCAACGGUGAUUCGGCAUCCUCCGGCCGUGCUGCCACUGAGCUACGACGUUCAUGGGACUUGGAACGAACACCCCCGGGGCCUAGUGCGCAGUGAAUUGCCUCGCCGGCAACCUGUGCCGAACCUGCCCAGUCUUGUGGGCGUCUUCCACCAAGUGCCGACCGACUGGCCGGAUGUCGACUGGACCAAGAUGCCCGGCAAACGGCCUCGCCAAAGACCACCUUUGCAGCCCGGGGAGGUCAUCACCACAACCACGGGAGUCCGGCCGGAAGACGGACUCAGCGACUAUCGACUUAAAAAAAUCUUCAAAGAAGGAGGACUUCGUAACAAAUACAUCGCACCCGACAUCUCCAAAAGACUACUGCCCAAAUUGAGCAUGGGCGUAAAAGACUGGGCCGUGACACCCGGACAGCCGCGAGAGGUCAAAUCAAAGCUCGAACCACGGUCACCAAGUCCGGUGACGGUGACGGCGAAGGCAGCGGUCAGGACGACAGCGGCACUUGUCACGCCUGUGGCGGCUCCUGCCACGCUUUCCCCGUCGCCUGCCACUCUUUCCCCGUCGACUGCCACGCUUUCCCCAGCUCCUGUCACUGGCACGCCUGGAAGGUUGCUUGCGCCGGCCGAGUUGGAACAUAGUGCGGAGACCCGGCCGGCUCCGGAGGAUCUGGAGGGUGAGGAGGGUCUGAAGUUGCUGUUGGACGAAGUGAGUCGCGGUCCUGUGGCGGAGUUCCCUGUGCCUGUGCAAUUGGAGGGGCGAUCGAGUCGGAUUUUGUCUCGGCUUCGGCAGUCCUUGCGUGGGCAAAUGAAGGUGUUGGAAUCGGUGAAGGAGGGGAGUCGGCGCUACACGGAACGGCCGUCCCGCGCUGGGGCGGCCUUAAAUCGGCGGGGGUCGAGCAAGACGUCGCGCGUGUCGGCCUUGGGUGAGGCCGGUCGCGGCGGGGCGGAAAGCGAGGGGCUUACGUCAGACGUGGACUCGGAGGAGGAGGAGGUGUUCCUGGGCGCGGGGCCGCAGCGGUAUGCGGCGAUACCAGCGUUACAUCGCGACAGUCAGUUGCGAGCGUCUGUUCGUAGUUCAGUGCGAUUGUCACAUGUGGAAGAGAGAGACUUCUUGGGCGACCUAAGUGAGAGUACUAGUGAGUCUGACUCUGAAGACGGUGGUCUACAGGAGGGUCGUAUGUUGUACAACACAGUGGAUGUGGUGGAUGAGGAUGAGCAGCGCAGUUCGAGGGCGAGUGUGUUGCAGAGUGUGCGACGUUCGAUGGCGCGUUCCUCGCGACUUCGUUCGAGUUCUAGCUCGAUCCCGAACCCUUCUAACCGUAAGUUUGUACCGCGACAUAAGCGCAAACGGCGCAAGCCUGCGCCGAUGUUAUCUUUUAUGGAUACCGUCGUCAGUCGGUCCUAUCGCGGGCAACACCGUGCCACUCGCCAACACAAUGACCAUUGGGUAUGGCGCCGUCGUCGCUGCACCGUCUGUCCUGGUCGGUGUCGUGGACAUGAUGGCAAUCGUGUGUGCUGGCUUGUUAGAGAGCCGAAACACGCCUACAAACGUUCGAGGCGUAAUGACGAAGUCGCCCGCCGCCUUCUCGCCUGGAUCGCCGCACCACACUGGUUACGCCCACUCAGCAGCGAAGGCGGAUCCUACAUCUCUGUCAACCACUUCGGAUUCGACAGUGAAGACUCCGACGAAAGACAUGCACCUCAACCACAACGACCUGCUGCGAACCCUCUCAUAGACUCCGACAUCGCCAUCCCACACCGCACCUCAGACGAGCCCGGCUUCGGCGAAGAUCUCGCCGCCGCACGACGUGUCAGCCCACACAAAACAUGGAAACAGAACGCACGACGACCCAUAUCCAUGGAACCCGUCCUCUCCUACCAAAUGCGACUAGCCGAGGACAAAAUUAAUCACAGACGCGCACAACUGGCCGAGGAAAAAAAUGCCAUCCAAACAGAACAAAAUGCCGUUAAGUACGACAUACAGAUCACACGCACCGACACGCACAAAGGCGAAGAUCAUGACCAAGAUGCUGGGGAAAGUCCUCCUGGGGAAGGAUCUCCUGGGGAAGAGGAGAACACAGUCACUCGCGACUCAACUAUCUCUCAGGUACUUCACGAUAAGGCGCCUAGCGCGAUGCAGACCGAGGAUGAGCCCGUGCCGACGGUAUAUGGAGGACACUACCAAAGUUUCCAGGUCCACAAAGCCUUUCAGACAACUACUCGGACUUACGACGCGGACGCAUCUCAUGACUCUGCCCAUGGCCAGUACCCGAAACCAGGUCUUCGCGAUCAAGAUGCAGCUAGGUCUGGAGGCGGGAGCGCUGCAGCCGUCGUGCGUUUGUCCAAAACGUACAGCGCCGCUGACGCGGAGCCUGCCGUCGCGAAGACCACGGUCACGAAGGCUACGAUCUCGGAGGCCAAGGGCUCGGAAGCCAAGGUCUCGGAAGCCGGUGUUGCGAAAGCCUCCGUUACAGAGAUCGCCGUUGCCGAAGUCUCCGUUGCAGACGGCCAAGCGCUUAAAGACCGAGGAGCUACGGAAGGUGGAGAAGGUGGAGAAGUUGAAGAAGAAAGUUUGGACGAGUUCAUAAGCAAACAGGAGGGUGCCACGGAGCCGCCCUCGGAAUCAAGGUUGAGUACACCGUCCGAUGUUACAACCACUAGUGUGUGUGUGAAAGUACAUGAAGUCCUCUCGCCAAAAAUGGUUGAUAAUUUGUUUGGCAAUAAGCCCCUAAUGGAUGUGUUCCUGGAAAGCGGAAAAACUUCAAUAUUUGCCCAAACUUCCAAAGGACCAGGUUAUACUACAAAGUGUUGUCCCGUUAUGACCGACUCUAGAUCGGUUAUUGAAAACUAUCGUCAGGUUCUAUCUGUCUUUAUUGAAAAUUGCACAUCGUUGUUAUGCAAGAAGGUCGCCUUUGGCGAAUCCCACGUCAUUGGUCACGGCCAGUAUUCCGCCUCCAACCGACAGCGAUUUGACGACAAGUAUGUUACUUACUAUGAGGAAGGUGAGUUACCGGAGGACCUGACACAGACGAAUGAUGCGCGAGGGGGCGCAUCAGCUAAAGCGCCCUCACAAAACAAAGACGGGUUGGCCGAAAGUAACAACGAGCGGGACGAUGAUGAAACGCUCGGCAUUACGGAGAAACUGGACUCAGUCCCCUUACGAUUUCUGUAUCCAACGAAUACGAAUAUUUCAGAAUAUAGCGACGAUUAUGACAGCAGCGAUGAUCAAGAAGAGAGCAGCAUUAUCACUCGAGGAACAUGCUUAUUUCCCGGGUUAAGUAAGGUAUCUCGAAAGCGCCAUAUGAACGCCUACGAUAGGAAUGAAGCCAUGCCGCCUACCCUGUGGGAGGAGUUCUCAGACCGCCGCUUUUUGGAGCGCUUGCGAUCCAUUGUUGCAGUGUCGCCUUGGGGCUUGAUUCAGCGACGUUUAAUGGCUGAAGAGAUGAAAAUGAAAAUGAAUGUUAUUACCUACGAAUUGAAUGAAGAUAUCAAACAGUUAAAAUAUAGAGAUAAGCUUAACGUACUAGUAGGGACUAGUCCUGCUGAAAAUCUGACUGCUUUUCGGCCUCCUCCGGAAGUGCGUGCACACACUUUUGCGAGCGAUCGAAAUAUGCGGAAAGGGCGAGAAAUGUUGGUUCCUUUUCAUGAAGUGGGCGCAGAUUCCCGAAGGGGCCAUCUAGCCACUACGGGAUCUCGUACGUCCACGGAGGAGCCGGAAAUUGUAGGCGUGUUCGACCAAAAUCCCCGACUUCUCGGAAGCAAAGACGGCGAAGAUAUUUAUGAUAGUUUGCUUUACAAAGUGACGCGGACAACUGACGACGACUACAUAUACAAAGCUAAGCCCGUCGAGAGGGAAAGAUCGCUUUCCGGAGGGGAUAGUGGAAUUCCGGUAUCAAAACCUUUAGAGAUUCAAGCUGCAAGGAAUCGGUUUGCAACAGAUACCGUUUUAUUGGGCUGCAGAAGCCAAGACGGGAAAGAAUCCCUGUUCGACCACGACCCGAGAAGUGGUAAGGAGCCACGCCAGGGUACUAGGACGGGCCGAAGUGUUGCCCUAAGCAACUCCGUCCGUCCUGUGCAAACAGAAGACCAGCGACUUUCCCGAAAAAAAUUGCCUCCAAGCGAAACACUGGUGGACCUGAUUCGGAGUGAACCAGUGUAUGACCUGGUGCGGCUUUUAAAGGACCCUUUGGUCGGUGAUUCACGACGAACGAAGUAG